CAGCGACAUGGCUAAGUUCGUUAUUUUCAGUCGUAGCUAUAAACCAGAUUUGUUUAUGCAUGUUAACGCUUAUGUUGUAUUAACAAUAAAUCUUCGUGUGAGCAGAAUAAAUUAAAGUAACAUUUUAUACAUAUUAACCUCUGGAUACACUCAGUUUUCAUUAAUAGUAAACGUUCAGUGUUCAGUGAAUACAUAAAGAAUAGACAAUGUCGUAUAAAGAUUUCGAAGUGUACAACUUAAAUGAUGGCGGGGGAGGUAUCUUACAUAAUCAGAUGCUAGUUGAUGGAAUGCGAAUACCAACAUUCCGUAAACCACCGGAGGAAACAGCUGCCAUCCUCAGGAAUAUAAAACAUUUGAAAAUUAGAGACGAUGAUAUCAUGCUUUGCACACCUGUCAAGUCAGGCACACAUUGGUGCUUUGAAAUUCUGACUAUGCUUUUGAAUGGUGCAACUGAAAGGUCAGACCUACAGAAGAUUUUCUUAAUGCUUAUCAAUGUCCCAGAAGAGGAACUGGAUCUAAUGAAAUCCCCAAGGAUUCUCAACACUCAUUUUCCUUUUAGAAUGCUUCCAAGCCAAACAAAGAAGAAGCACACGAAAAUAGUACUUGUGUUAAGAAAUCCGAAAGAUUUGGUGGUUUCGUUGUACUAUCACCAUACUGGAAUGACAAACUAUUUUUAUAAUGGAACAUUUUCUGACCACCUUAAGUUAUUCAUGGAAGGCAAGCUCAUGUACAACAGUUGGUUUGAUUAUGUCUUAGAAUUUGAGAAAGCCCUUGAUGAUGAACCAGACAGAAUUCACCUAACUUUCUAUGAAGAUUUAAAAGAGAAUGGUGUUGAAGAAAUCAAGAAAAUUGCCGACUUUCUAGAGGUACCCGCGGCAUCUGAUCCUGAACUUAUUGCAGCUAUAAAUGACCAAUGUCAAUUUGAUACCAUGAAGAAGGAAAAGCAGUAUGGACCAGAGUUGGCAAAAAAGAUAUUUAUUGAUCCAUCCAAAUUCAAUAUGUAUCGGAAAGGAGAGAUUGGUGACUGGAAGAAUCAUUUUACUGUUGCUGAAAAUGAAAGAUUUGAUCAACUCUUUGAAGAAAAAAUGAAAACAUCUAAACUGAGAUUUAGAUUUGAACCAUCAA